UGAGGCAUAUUUAAACGAGCUGUGCACGCCGACGGCCACAGAAGCCGACGAUCGCUGCCAGUGUUGGGAAGACAAAUCUAUUAAUGCACGCAUAUUAUAGCAACGGAAUCUGAUCAAGAUGAGCAAGACUGAGUGGGAAAGCAAUGAGGAAAUUAAAAUUUUCCGCGAAUAUCUGCGCAUUCCAACGGUGCAUCCAAACGUAGAUUACACCGCCUGUGUUGAAUUCUUGAAGCGUCAGGCAGCCAGCCUGGGCCUGCCUGCGGAUGUCAUCUAUCCCGUCAAUGAAGCCAAUCCUGUUGUGGUAAUGAAAUGGCUUGGCAAGCAGCCUGAACUGCCUUCAAUCAUUCUGAACUCUCACACGGAUGUCGUGCCCGUUUUUGCUGAUAAAUGGACCCACGGGCCAUUCAGUGCCGAUUUGGAUGAUGAAGGUCGCAUUUUUGCUCGUGGUUCGCAGGACAUGAAGUGCGUUGGAACUCAGUAUCUGGGUGCCGUUCGUGCCCUCAAGGCUAGUGGCUUCCAGCCAAAGCGUACUGUCUAUCUCACCUAUGUGCCUGAUGAAGAGGUUGGAGGUCAUCUGGGCAUGCGUGAGUUGGUGAAUAGCGAUUACUUCAAAAAGCUAAACGUGGGCUUCAGCUUCGACGAAGGCAUUUCCAGUGAAGAUGAAACAUACGCCGUGUACUAUGCAGAGCGAACCUUAUGGCAUCUGAAGUUUAAGAUCAGUGGAACUGCUGGGCACGGCUCUCUGCUGCUACCCAACACCGCUGGCCAGAAGCUAAAUUACAUUGUGAACAAGAUGAUGGACUUCCGCGAAUCGCAAGUCAAACGGCUCAAGGAUGACUCCAGCAUUGACAUUGGAGAUGUCACCACCGUCAAUCUAACAAAACUAAAUGGUGGUGUCCAAAGCAAUGUAGUGCCGCCGUUGCUGGAAGCGGUCUUUGACAUUCGAAUCGCCAUAACAGUGGAUGUUGUUGAGCUCGAGAAGCAAAUUCGCGAUUGGUGCGAAGAGGCUGGAGGCGGCAUUGAGCUGUAUUUCGAGAUGAAAAAUCCCUUUGUCCAACCCACCAAGAUAGACGAUUCGAAUUUAUACUGGGUGGCUUUUAAGAAGGCCUUAGACGAUCUUGGCAUGAAGACUCGAUACCGUGUUUUCCCGGGCGCCACCGAUAGCCGCUAUGUCCGACACGUUGGUAUUCCGGCCCUGGGUUUCUCGCCAAUUAACAAGACCCCCUUACUGUUGCACGAUCACGAUGAAUAUUUGCGUGCGGAUACCUAUCUGAACGGCAUUGAGGUUUACAAAAAACUCAUAACAGCUGUUGCCAAUGUCUAAAUAAACACCAAAUGCGGCCCACUAAUAUUUCAUUCCAAUUAUAUGCAAUGAAUAAUAACACAAUAAACUGUGAUUUUCCAGUUUGUUUGGACUUAAAGGCUCUACAGCCAUUUA